AUGGCCGACCAGUUAACAGAGGAACAGAUUGCUGAGUUUAAAGAAGCAUUUUCCUUGUUUGAUAAAGAUGGUGAUGGUACAAUCACCACUAAAGAAUUAGGUACAGUCAUGCGCUCUUUGGGGCAGAACCCUACAGAAGCUGAACUGCAAGAUAUGAUCAAUGAAGUAGAUGCUGAUGGCAAUGGUACAAUUGACUUCCCUGAGUUCUUAACAAUGAUGGCCAGAAAGAUGAAGGAUACAGACAGUGAAGAAGAGAUUCGAGAGGCAUUCCGCGUUUUUGACAAAGAUGGAAAUGGAUUCAUAUCUGCUGCUGAACUCCGACAUGUAAUGACCAACUUGGGCGAAAAGUUAACUGAUGAUGAGGUCGAUGAAAUGAUACGCGAAGCUGAUAUAGAUGGUGAUGGUCAAGUAAAUUAUGAAGGUUAUCAAGACACAAAUACACACAGAUUCUAUUGAAUUAGAUAGUUUAAUGCAUAGUAAUUAAAUUGAUGAAAAUCUACAUACAUACAAAGAGACAGAGACAGAAGUACAAAGAAUAAUCAAAUUCAAUGAAACUAUUCAAUUGGAAAUGAAAUAACACAAAGACAAAGACAGUAAUAUCACAUGUAUAAUCAAAGAAGAGUUUUUGUGUGUGUGUGUGUGUGUGUG